AUGCAGUACUACCGUCCACGGCAACCUUUUCCGACUGCUGAGGCACAAGAAUACCUACCUCCACCUAACGUCUCGCCACCACAAAGGGGACGGGCGCCGCUUCCAUACCGCGGUCCAGAUAUGUUUACUCCUGGAGACUCCUAUCCUCGUUUUCCAUCUGGCGGUCCGAUGUAUCGCACGCCAUCACCAGUACACCCGUCGCAACAACCUCACCCAUCCAUGUACCCGUCUUCUGGUCCCGUGUACGAUAAUGCCCACCCAGACUCACAAACCGGUUAUGGAAUGAGCGAUCAAGCGUCUGCACAGGCCGGAGGAUUUAAUGAGAAGCCUAAAAAUGAGGCGCCGCCAGCACCACCGCCUCAACUUUAUUGCGAAUUGUGCAAGAUAAGUUGUUUUGGACAAGCUUGCUUUGACGCACACAUGGUUGGCCAGAAACACAAGAAGAGGGCGUCUCAACAAGAGGCCCUUAAAAAACUCGGCAUUGAACCCGGCUCAACACCUCCGGGUAAACUUUUAAGCGAACUGCGGUGCGCGCUUUGUGAUGUAAUUUGCACUGGAGCUGAUACCUACCAAGCACACAUAAUUGGGAAGCAGCACCAACGCACUCUGCGACUGCACAAAGCUCUAGGCAAGCCGGUGCCCGAAUGCGAGUUGCCACCCCCCAAGGAGUCUACUGCCCCCACAACUGCUGAGGGUGAGGUGCCAGUGAAGAGUGAAGCGACGGAGGAGGCAUCAACAGGAGCUGCUGCAGCAACUCCCGAAAAAAAGGUUGGCACACCGAUCGCGGAAUCAACGCUCAAGACAAAAGAAUCAGAAUCCAGCGAUGACUGCGUUGAAUUGGAAAGGCCUCGACCAGCCCAACCUUGGGUUCGAUCGCCCCAACUAGGACCGCCCCCUAUCCCGGGCCUUAAUGGUUCUGCCGCUAUCGCCUGGGGUCCGCGAUUGCCCAAAAUGAACGGUCAUCGGCCGCCGGCUGGUGUCGUUGGAGGCCUUGGUGUCGGAUAUAACGACGGAUUCUUCAUACCGCCGUACUCCUUUGUCUCCCCGUCCUAUUUCGGCCCGGGCGGUCACACGUCGUCCCUCGGUGAUCUGCGUUAUAUGCACACCAAACUGCGUCAAGUUAUGCCCACAGAUGCAGAAACCGAGAUGAUUCGUCUGACCGUUACUGCUUGCGAGAGUGCUCUUAAGCAGAUCAAUGAUGCUAAAAAGUUUGCCGAAGAAGAACAAGAAGCCCUCAAUGCUGCCGCUGCCAAGGAGCAAAAGACGGAUAGCGAGGGUAGCCAGGAGAAGCAGGCAGAGAAGACCAGCGCUACCACCACCCCGACAAAACCGUCACUAAAGAAGACGACGACCACCCCCUCUACACCGCCGCCCUUCCGUGGUGUCUUCCGCGUUGGUGCUUUGGCCACAGGCCUCCUCUUGGCUGGCGACAGGAAAGCCGACCUAGUCCUUGUCUGCAACCGAUGGCCAACUACAGAUGACAUUGUAGAAAUUGGUGGCGAGUUGGAAGCCCUCGUAAAGGUGCGUUCCUAG